AUGUCAAUGGAGUGCUCCCUGUCACCACCUCCUCCUCCUCCCCCUCCUCUUCCUUCUCCUGCUGCAGGACUACCAUCUUCUCCUCCUCCUCCUCCUGCUCCUCCUGCUCCAGGACCACCACCUCCUCCUGCUUCAGACCCGAAGAAGAAGCUGUAUCAGACUAUAGCCAGCAGCAGGAGUCCUGUUGAAGGGGACCACACAGAGGCUCUGUUACUGCUCAGUCAGAGAGAGAGCAGUUUCAGAAAAGAUCUGCAGUGGAUACUGAUGAACACAUAUGUGCCUUCCCUAAUCCAAGAUGGUCCACAGUGUGGUCUGGUGGCUUUGUGGAUGGCCGCUCACCUGCGACAGCCACAGCUGAGUAUUGACAUGGACACAAUUGUUCAGACAGCGCUGAGCAGGGGAUACACAGCGCAGGGUGAAAUGUUUUCAGCUAACAACAUGGCACUGCUGGCAGAGGAGGUUUGUGGCUGUAAGGCAGAGCUGCUGUCAGGUGGUUUAAGUGGUAAAAACGCUGAAACCAUCAUCAGACACCUGUGGGGAAGACAGCCUGUUCUCAUCCCAUAUGAUGAGGAUUACAACCAUGAGCCGUGCCAGCGUAGCGGCCACAGGGCGCACUGGGCUGUCGCUUCAGGUGUCCUCCUCGGUGUGGACCAGGGUAGCCUGAGCACAGCGCACACUGAGCCUGAUCCCACUCUGCCUUGGCUCCACCUGCCUAGUGACACCAUCUCACCUUGUCCUGUCGGCCUCAGAGAGGUUUACAUCCUGGCUAAACAGGGUAAAAGCCUGCGUUACCAGCUGUGGAGUUUGGAUAGCGUCACUCAGAGCAACGAGCAGCUGAGGACAAUGGACCCUCAGAGAGCCAAUGACGGGACGCAGUAUGUGGUUCCUCAAGGAGGGGUGGAAGCUGGACUGGCUGGCCAGGUGGUGCUACUCCACACACGGGCACAGAAGCAGUGACGAGGCUGACACUGGUUCACAGAAACCAGCUGUGCAGUAAACGAUGGACGGAGAGAACACAAUGUUUAUUUGUUGCAAUGAAUUGUUAUGAUGUGACGUGAAUGAUACUGCAGAAUAACCCAUGUGUGAUGUGGAUCUAUCUCAGCUUGACUACCACAUGUGUGAGUUCCUCCCACAGGGCUUUGAAAAAGACUUCAUAAACCAAAGUUUUUACCUGUAAUGAUACUGUGUGCCUCAGUUGGGAUGUUUUGUGGAUCCCGUCAGGGACAAGCGACAUGACAAUCUGACACAAUAAAAACAUUUUCUAAAGAUUUUGUUAUACUGAGUAAGGCUGCAAUUAGAUUGUUUUUAGUUAUCGAUUACUCUGUUGAUUAUUUUAUCAAUUAAUCAAUUAGUUGUUUGGUCUUUAAAAUGUCAGAAAAUGUCCAUCGCUGCACAACCCAAACAUGCACCCUAAAACUCUUUUUCUGUCCCGACCAACAGUCAACACCCUGAAAAUAUUCAGUUUACUGUCAUAGAGGACUAAAGAAACUGAAACCAGAUAAUUAUCUCUCUUUCUUUUUUUGACUUAAUGACUCAAAAUAAAUCA